ACUAACCUCCACUUGUCCCAACUGUUCUCAGCAAAGGAGAACAGUGACCUUGGCACUCCAACCUGACUGACUUAACCUUUCUCCACCGAGGACAAUGUUGUUAGCUCAUCUUCGGUUUGGUAUGGGUCGUACCCUUGGCCAGUUUACCCGUACCAUCAGAAACGAGCCUAGCUUGACCGUUUUGGCGAGGAGGCUGUUCCACCGAGAUCGAACACUUCGUGAUACCAUAAAACUCGAGAUGCCAUCAUUAUCUCCAACAAUGACAGAAGGAUCCAUCAUCAAAUGGUACAAGAAAGAAGGGGAUCGCAUAGCUCCUGGUGACGUACUCUGUGAUAUUCAAACAGACAAGGCUGUUGUAAGUAUGGACAUUGAAGAAGAAGGAGUACUGGCCAAAAUUAUAUUACCAGAUGAUACGAAAGAUGUCAAAGUGGGCCAGUUGAUUGGCUUAAUGGUUGAUGAAGGAGAUGACUGGGAAAAUGUCCAGAUUCCUGGAGAGCCUGCAAGUUCUACUGCAUCUGCUCCACCACCUGCACCUGCAGCAGCUGCUCCACCAGCUGCACCGGCUGGUGAACCUUUUCGUGGCUUGUGCAUAGAGAUGCCUUCUUUAUCUCCGACCAUGUCAGAAGGAGACAUUAUAAAAUGGCAUAAGCAGGAAGGUGACAAAGUGGCCCCUGGUGACAUUCUUUGUGAUAUUCAAACCGACAAGGCUGUGGUUAGCAUGGACAUUGAAGAAGAAGGAAUAUUAGCAAAGAUUCUAAUGCCCGAAAACAGUAAAAAUGUUAAAAUCGGUCACCUGAUUGCAUUGAUGGUAGAUUUGGAUGAUGAUUGGCAGAAUGUAACUGUCCCUGCUGAAGUGACAGCCAGUACAGAUGCACCAGUCUCGAGCACCAAACCUGCAGCAGCGCCACCACCACCACCACCAGUCCCUUCUGCAACCUCACCAGCUGCAGCACCAGUACAGAGCAAUGCUAAAAUCAUUGAAGAAAUACAUGCUCUAACAAGAGUCGGUCCUUCAGUUAAGAAAUUAUUGGAAGAGUUCAAUAUCAGCCCAAAAGAUGUUCAACAAAGUGGUUCUCGAGGUCAAAUUCUGAAGGGUGAUGUUCUCUCAGUCAUCAAGUCAAAACAUCUAGUGAGGUCAAGCCCACCAUCUCCUGUUCAGCCAACACCUGUUCAGUCAACGCCUGUUCCACCAGUUACUCAGCUAAAAGCACCACCAUCACCACCUGCACCUGCCACUAAGGGUCCAUCAAAGCUAAAGUACACAGAUAUUCCUGUUACCAGCAUGAGGAAAACAAUAGCUAAACGUUUGACCGAAUCAAAGACGACUAUUCCCCAUUCUUAUGGCUCUAUUGAAUGCAAUGUUGACAGUGUGAGUGCACUUAGGAAAAAAUUAAUUGCGGAUGGUAUAAAAGUGUCCCUGAAUGAUUUUAUCAUAAAAGCUGCUGCCCAUGCUCUACGGCGGGUGCCUGAUAUGAAUGCUAUAGUGAAAGAUGGUAAUCCUGUCCAGUUACCAGCUGUGGAUAUCUCAAUAGCUGUGGCAACUCCAAAUGGACUCAUUACACCAAUUGUCAAAAAUGCCGUUAGUCUUGGUAUUUCUGAUAUUUCAAGCUCAGUCAAGUAUAAUGUUUUUGUUUCUCUUUUCAGUAUAUCAAACCUUGGAAUGUUUGGGAUAAGUGAAUUUUCUGCUGUAAUCAAUCCUCCACAAGUUGGAAUACUGGCUAUUGGUUCAUCUCGUUUAGUGCCAACUACAAACAAAACUGCCAAGACAAUGAUGACCGUUGUAUUGUCUUAUGACCGGAGAGCUGUCAGUGAACACGAAGCAGCCAUGUUUCUAGAAGCCUUCCAAGAAAUAAUCGAAAAUCCUUCUCUGAUGCUUUCCGGAGGAGACACUCCAUCUACUUGUGAUAAUCCAGUUUCAGAACCUGCCGCCAGCAAACCAGAAACUCCAGUCUCAGCAUCUGAGACUGUAACCGUAAGCAUGGCGACACCAAAUACCGAUUCAAAUGUAUUAGCAAAAGAAGCCCUUAUAAAAAGUCUUAUAUUCUAGAGUGCAAUAAUUGUGAAAAGUCCUCAGUUUCUGUGGCAAAACAUCAAAAGCUGUUGUAUAUCUGUUUCAUACCAUUUAAAAUAUUUCUUUUCUUAAUUUAUCAACACAUUUCCUUUCAAAAAUCAGAUCCUUAGUACAUAUAUCUAUAAAAAUAUCUAGAGUAAA